AUGGAGAAAAAGCAAAAUUCACAUUUCCUCUAAAAGUAAAAACAAUAUUAGAAAAAUACGAUUUUCAAUAUUUAUAAUUUAAAUGAUUAGCAAAUACAAAUGAUUAACCAAAGGAAGAAUUAUAAUCUGGUAGAAUUCGUAUUAUACAAUGAAGACUUCCAUAAUCUAAUCUAAUAUGUGAAAAAUCUAAAGACGGUGGCAGCAUUUUAGGAUUACAAGUAUUUUUGUGACUGGUACGAAAUUGAAAAAGAAAAUACAGAAAUAGUUUGCAGUAGAAAUGAAUGUGAUUCCUCAAAUGUAAAUUUAGAUUUGCACACAAUUCAACAAAUAUAUACAUUAAUUAUAGUCUAAUAAAUUUUAUUGAUGAUCUAAAUGCAAGACAUACAGGAAUCAAUGAUUCUGAAUUACAUCUCAAGUGAUGAGGAGGAUGAGUCGGAGAGCCUUCUAAUGAAUCAGAGUCCGGUAGAAAUAAAAUAGAAACAACAAUUAUCCGAUAUAGACUAGUCAAUCUCUUAAAUACCGAGUGAGUUGUCAUUCAACCGCAAUAUGGACAGGAGAAUCAAUGAAACGAUAGUUCUUUAGAAUCAAGCGGAUGAAAUCACUUUGAAAUCAACUAAGAAUGCAAAAGAGGCUUAUCAAAGAGAGAUAAUAAAGGAAUUGGUUUCCAAACAGAAGAAGAGAUUCAAAGUGGACGGAUUCAAUUUAGACUUGACAUAUAUAACCGAUAAUGUGAUUGCAAUGGGAUUUCCAGCUGAAAGCUUCGAAGCAAUAUAUAGAAAUCCAAUGCCGGAGGUUUAAAAAUUUUUAAAUAGUCGUCAUCCGAACAAUUAUAUGGUUAUUAACUUAUGUUCAGAGCGUAAGUACAAGCACGAGUCUUUCUAUAAAGUGGCCGAGUUUCCUUUUGAUGAUCAUUAGGCCCCUCCAUUUAAUAUGAUGCUCGAAUUUUGUUAGAAGGUUCAUGAGUGGUUAAAAGCGAAUUCGAAUCACGUGGUGGCAAUACAUUGUAAGGCUGGCAAAGGAAGAACCGGCGUGAUGGUGUGUUGCUAUUUGUUGUUUAGUGGGAAAUACACUUCAAGUCAAGAUGCAUUGGCUUAUUAUGGUUUGGUGAGGACAUAGAAUAAAAAGGGUGUGACUAUUCCUAGUCAAAUUAGAUAUGUCCAUUAUUUCAGUUAUGCUUUGAAAAAUGACUUGGUGAAGAUGCCAUAUAGACAAAUCGAAUUGGUGUCUGUCAGAUUGGUUGGUGUGUCUCAUGGGACGUUGAUCAGAGUCUAAAAUAACCGAUAGGUAAUUGAUAGAGAAGGCUUAGAUCGUUUCAGAAAAGGAAAUACUAUUUGCUUUCAAUGA